UAUUGCUCUGUGAUGAUGCCUAGUCUGACGCUAUUCAGCACGCGAGCGUACCGGUCGCGCUUUGACAGGUGGGGAAUCCACAAGUACUCGCGUCGGAGGCGGGAGAGCUCCGCAAGUCCCAGCAGACGAAACUCGGUCUCGGGAGGCGAUACGCAGCGCUCGCCACGACACAGUCCCGACCCGGACGGCGGCGGCUCGCGAGCAGCUACCCCAUUUCCUUCCACUUCCAACGAGCUGUUUCCUGCCGAGAUAUGCGCGACGAUACCGGUGGCGGGCUUUCGAAGGUAUGGCCGGCGCAGCGCGACGGGUUGGCGGUCAUGAGCUGAUGAUAGGGCUGUGCCUCAAUCCUCUCUCUCCAUCCCUAGACCGGACUUUCCAUAUACGCCAAUCACGCCCUCUCCCAGACCGGCUGUCGCACACAGCCAGGGCUUUCCUCUGCAUCAGUACGGAUGCGGGCUCAUGCCAUUCUCGAGUCCCCGGGCAUAGCAGGGCCGGAUAAGAACCGCACCUCCAUCAGCGGCUACUCGAGCAGAUACGGGUAUCCGCUGGGAAUGCCCAUGGACCAGGAAUAGCGCCUGAAUCAUUCCGUUAAGCCCGAGAGCUUUGAUCUCUAGAAGAGU